AAAUGUGAGUUUUUAUUCAGCUGUGUGGAAGAGGCCCUAGUAAGCUUUGCCAUACAUAGGGUAGUGGUUGGAGCUUUGGACUACGGGUGCCUUUACACAGUAGAAUGAAUGCAGUUUUAAUACCACUUUAACUGCCAUGGCUCAGUGCUGUGGAAUCCUGGGAUUUGUAGUAUGGUGAGGCACCAGCCCUCUUUCGCAGAGAAGCCUGAAGACUUUGGAAAACUACAACACCCGGGAUCCCAUAGCAUUGAGUCACAGCACUUAAAGUAGUGUCAGCGUGCAUUACUUCUACAAUGUAGAUGUAUCCCACGACUCUGGAGGCCAGGAUUCAGAGACCUUGUUCAGCUGAUGUGCAAAUCACAUUCACUUAGUCAAAGAGUAAGGCAAUGGCAACCUCCCUCUGAGCAAAUCUUGACAAGAAAACCCUGCGAUGGGUUUGCUAUAGGUUGAGAAUGCUAUAGGUUGAGAAUGACUCAAAAGGCACACAACAACAAAGUGGACCAAUUUGUCAGUUUUCUAGGCCUGUUUUUUAAAAGCCCGUAAGAGGGAGCUGCUGAGCUGCUUUCACCAGGGAAAGCUCCUGGUUGUCCCUGCGAUGUGGCUGCCUUUUUCUUUUGUGCGUAUAUAUGUGUGUGCGUUUUCCUGGUUGGGUGGCGGAAACCUCCUCCUUGCCCAUCUGAGCAAUGAGUCUGUCCCAAGAGUGGCUUCCUCCUGAUGGAAGAGACUACAGCUUCCAAUAGCACGACCAAAAGCUAAUCCUGAAAAAUAUGAGCCCUGAGAACUCUCAUGCAGCCCUGGAGAUUUUGUGUUUGUGCUGCCAUCGGAAAAACUGGCUUCGCUCUGAGGAGAAAUGGUUCAGCUGUAGUUAAGUGCACUCUGAAAAUGAAAUGAGCUGGCACUCUGAGGGAUCUCCAUCAUGAACAGAUAUACAACCAUCAAACAGCUGGGAGAUGGUACAUAUGGCUCUGUCCUCCUGGGAAGAAGCAAUGAAUCAGGGGAACUGAUUGCCAUUAAGAGGAUGAAGAGGAAAUUCUACUCUUGGGAAGAAUGCAUGAAUCUUCGUGAAGUCAAGUCCUUGAAGAAACUCAGCCAUGCCAACGUGGUGAAACUAAAGGAAGUUAUCAGAGAAAAUGAUAAUCUGUACUUUGUGUUCGAAUACAUGAAGGAGAAUCUUUAUCAGUUAAUGAAAGAAAGGAACAAAUUAUUUCCAGAAUCUACUGUCAGGAAUAUUAUGUAUCAAAUUCUUCAAGGACUUGCAUUCAUACACAAACAUGGUUUUUUCCACCGUGACCUGAAACCUGAAAACCUCCUUUGCAUGGGACCAGAGCUUGUGAAAAUAGCAGACUUUGGCCUUGCACGGGAAAUAAGGUCCAGGCCUCCUUAUACAGACUAUGUCUCCACAAGAUGGUACAGAGCUCCUGAAGUGCUCUUGAGAUCCACUAAUUACAGUUCUCCCAUUGAUAUCUGGGCUGUUGGUUGCAUCAUGGCAGAAGUUUACACGCUCAGGCCACUCUUCCCAGGGGCCAGCGAAAUUGAUACAAUUUUCAAAAUUUGCCAAGUACUGGGAACGCCAAAAAAGAAUGACUGGCCUGAAGGCUACCAGCUUGCGGGCACCAUGAAUUUCCGCUGGCCUCAGUGCGUACCAAAUAACCUGAAAACCCUCAUCCCUAAUGCAAGCAGUGAAGCAAUACAACUCAUGAGAGACAUGCUGCAGUGGGACCCCAAAAAAAGGCCAACAGCAAGCCAGGCACUUCGAUAUCCUUAUUUCCAAGUUGGCCAAGCACUGGGCUCUUCUCGCUGUAUUCAGGAGGGAGGAAAACAGCAGAGAGAUGUUCCUGAAAAAACGCAGAUCCACAUCAGACCCAUUCCUCCUGCACAACUUCCUCCUAAAGCACAAGUUCGACUUUCAUUCAGGCCCUUCCAGCAGAACCAGCCCUCUGUGAUAUAUCCAUAUAAAACAGGCUCCUCGCUGAGUGACAAUUUAAGGGAAGACAAGCCUAGCCAGGUGGCUUUGCCAAAUAUUUGCAGUAAGAUGCCCCAGCAGAAAACAGACGUUGGGACAGAAAAAACAAAUUGUGAACUCAAACCAAAGAAUCGGCGCAGAUGGGGACACAUUGCUGGAACACUGAAAAGCUCUGAGGAUUGGGAGGAUUUAGGAGGGUGUGAGGUGGCCAGAAAUGAUUUUAAAAACAAAGAACAGAGUGAUGAAGCACUUUCCAGGUUUGAAAGUAUUUUAGAUCUGAAGCCUUCUGUUUGCCUUGGGACUGGGAAUAGCGCACCUUCCUACCUUCGGCAGGACACGCCAACGUUACAAGUUUCUGCAGCCAAACAACAUUAUUUGAAACACUCUAGGUAUUUACCUGGAAUAAGCACAAGAAAUAAUUUAAUGUCUGGUUCAAGCAAAGAUUCCAUUCCUUCUAAUCCAUGGCCCCCUUCCAGUUUGCCUAUAAAGACAUCAGCAGUCGCAGGAGGAAUUGCCAGACUGAAUUCCAGCCACACAGGGUCAAAUGGGCUAACAGCUGCAUAUAUCCCUUCAUUUCUGAAAAAAGAAGUUGGCUCUGCUGGCCAGAGAGUUCAUUUAGCGCCAAUUAUUGAUCCAUCUUCUCUAGACCCAUCUUCUGCAUAUACUUCUCUGAAGUCUGUGGGACCUUAUAUUGGAAGGACGUCUUUUAAUAUACCAGUCAAAAACACUUCAGGAUUACUGCCGCAUCCACCUCCAGUUCAACCAGUCCACGGACGAACUGACUGGUCUUUAAAAUAUGGCGCUCACCGUUGAAUUUUUCAUGAAAAGUGACAAAUUAGAAGGACAGUCUUAUGAGCUGGAAGCUCUAUUCAUUCUUAUUUUCUAUGACCAAGACAUUUCAAGACUAUUUAAGGCAAUUCAUUUUUGGUUGUAUGUAUUUGAAUGCUAUCUUGUAACAUUUUUAUAUUGUUUUUAUGAUAUGAUGGGAACAAUUUAUUUUCAUAGGACCAAUACACACUUGUAUAUCAGCUUAGAAUUGUGGGGUUCUCUGUGGGGUUUUUUGGCAUUUUUGUAUGACCAACUUUGAAAUUUAGCUUUUUAAAAAGAAAACUAUUUUUUCCUAUUUUGGGUCAGUUUUUUUUAUAAAAUUGAAUAAAUGUAGCAAAUUGAAGCAGUAUUUAAUAUAAAUAAAUACAGGGACAGUUUCCAAAUUUAAGGUGAUAUCAUGUCACUCUGUGUUGAGCAAAUAACCAGUUAGGUUUAAUGCAGACAUGGGCAAACUUUGGCCCUCCAGGUGUUUUGGACUUCAACUCCCACAAUUCCUAACAACCUGACAGUUGUUAGGAAUUGUGGGAGUUGAAGUCCAAAACACCUGGAGAGCCCAAGUUUAAUGUCUGCCAAAUUCCAUAAAUGUUUGCCCAUCUCAUUUUUGUUGUAGCAAAGCACAAAAGGGAAUUUGGCACAUUUCCCUCCUUGUGACUGAGAAUUCUUAGAACCAAUUCAUAAAAUCAACAGGAUGGGAAGAUUAAUGAUUUCUAGGAUUGUACUCUUCAGGCUGCAAGUGAUAAAUGUUGGCUUGAAAUGCCCCUUUGUAUUCAUAAAAGCAGAUUAGCAAGGAAAAUUGGAUCCGUCCUAAUUAUAUUUCUGUCCCUGACUUCUAGAGAAAUUUGGAAAUAUAAAUACUAUAGCAACCCACAGUGAUAUAAUCCUGGAUAAUCUUUAGAAUGUGACUGUAACAAUGGUGUGUGAACGGGGAAAAAAUGUGUGUGUGGCCUUAUCCAUAUGACACUUCAUACCGAAAGCUAACUUCUCUUCCAGUGGAAAACUAUGCCCAGCUAUAAAUAGAGACAUCCUGCUUCGUUGGUAAGCAAGGCAUUCUGUAGCGUAGAUAUUGGGAGAUAUUUAAAGCAAUAUUAAGUAUGACAAAGCUGGUUCAUACAGUAAUAUAAAUGAGAUAUUAGGAAAUGCCAGCAGCAAAGUUAAAAGAUUUUUCUAUAUUCAACUUCCUGUUUUUAUACUGUAGUUUUGGUUUUUCCUUCUCCAAAGAAAACUCAGUGGCUUCUGUGUGAGGCUUAGACAAAAUUUGUCAUUUGGAUUAUUAGUGGUCCACUUCCAGGAGUUAUUUAUGACACAUCUUUGUGGUAUAAUUUUAGGAGACACUUCCAACCCAUUUAGAAGUCAGUGUGAAAGUGUAGUAGAUGUACAGAAAUGUACACGAUAGAACUAUAAAAUGGGAAAUGAUCUUAAAAGGGACAGGUUCAAACCUAUGCAUUUUGCAAGGAAAACAGCCAAUUGUCUCAAAAGUAGCAAGGUUGCUGUGUUAGGUUAAGAUGAUGUUCAAAUGCCAUAUCAUGUUUUUCUUGAGAAAAUAAUAUUGGGGGAUUAAUCUCUAUGCAUUACUACUCACUGGAAAAGUUCAAGACGAGCCUUUCUGAGGGAGAACAAUCCCCAAAGCUGCAUUGGUGGGCUUUGAGUCACCUUUUUCAAAGCCUUGUUUCAUAGACAUUCCACUUUGUCUUGAGCCAUAUCCUUAUUGCUUCCUCUUCCUUUUGCACAAGGUAGAAGCUGAAAGAAGGAAGAUUCAAACAUGCGAUAACUUCUUCCCUUUAGCAUGGGUUCAGAUGACCACCUGGAUGGGAUUAUACCUUUCAGAACAUUUGAAUCAGAAUCAAAAGCAUAUGCUUUUUGAUAUCUUAUUUUUAAGUCCUCUCCUUCAUGUCAUUCCAGAAUUUUUGUGGAUUAUUCUCUACCCUAAAACAAUUACCUUUGUGGUGUCACCACAUCUAUUAUUUCAUUAGUUUUCAGUGAAGUUUUCCAUUUCAGUGCCUGCAUGAAUAGCAGUUUCUCUUUUCCCUAUCCCUUGGCUGUAUUCAGCCAAUAUUCCCAGUAUAAAGUCUAGGUACUUCAUCACAUUAGAGAAUUAAUCCACUUUAAAUCUGGUUCUACCUUCUGCAGAAUUCUGGAGUGAGGCUGUUAAGGGCUCCUCCCUAAACUACAAACCCCAGAAUUCUGCAGGAGGCAGAAACCAGGUUUAAAGUAGAUUCAUUCUCUAGUGUGAUGAGGUCCUUAGAAGUUAUUUUAAGCAGAAGGAGCUCAAGCUAUCCAUAAAGGAAUGGUGGCAGGAUGAUGGUUUACAGCUCAGCAUAUCAUCCUACAACUGUUCAGGUGUGGAUAGCAUCAGCAUGUCACUAUUGUAAAGUUUGCUUUUUCAAAGUAGCUUUCCAAGCCCUGUUAGCAUGUGAGGACUUUGGUGGCUGGGUUGUACAGAACGUUAAUAAAUACGCGGUGAAGCAAAAGAAGAUUGAGCAGGGAAGUAAUAACCAAUGUACAGUGGAUCUGAGGCAGAGCAUUCAUCUUUCCAAUCUUUGGUGACAUUGUUUCUUCUUUUUAAAUCAGUUUAAGGAGAUACAUUUGAGCCAUGUUCAGUUACGCGGUUCAAUUUUCAGAAAGCAUUCCUUAAUAAUUUAGGUACAAUUGUACAUAUGAUCUGAUCAAUUUAUUAUUAAUGCCAUCUUUUAAUUUUUAUAUAAUAAUCUGAUUUAUGCAUUGUUCAGGAAUUAGCCUAAAUAAAAAUAGCAUGAAUAAGCCUUUACACCAGUGGUUCUCAACCUGUAGGUCCCCGGGUGUUUUGGCCUAUAACGCCCAGAAAUCCAAGCCAAUUUACCAGCUGUUAGGAUUUCUGGGAGUUGAAGGCCAAAACACCUGGGGACCCACGGGUUGAGAACCACUGCUUUACACCAUGAAGAAGAAAACAUAUCAUGUUUACUCUGGAGGACUAUUUGGUUACAAGAUGAGGGGCUUAACCAAUUUGGCCCCUUUUCAAUUACAGUUCCAGCCAUUUCUCACUAUUCGCUUUACUGUCCAGGGCUAAUUGUAGGUACAGUCCUACUACGUCUGGAAAAUGACCAGUUUCUCAUUCCUAACUUAGAACGUGAGGGGAAAAAGAUAUCGCUCUUGCCAGUGAUUAAAAUAGUUUACAUGCUCUUCAGUGUUGGUAAUAGUGGCGUUUUGUUUGUUUGUUAUUAAUACAACCACAAGAACAGUUAGGAAAGAACAGUUCCAUUUAAAUUCAGUGGAGUUUCCUUUUGAUGUAGCACAGAAAUAGUUUUUUAAGAAAAUCUCAUGUAGCUGAUUAGGUUUUUAAAA